GACGUCUAUUUCUUUGCCUCCUUCUUGUCUUCUUCUCUCGAUUGACUUUCUCCUCCCUUUCCCAUCAACAACCACAACACUCCAGUCUGGUGACUCGGACUGGCAACUCCCUUUGCAUUUAACCCCUUCAAGACAAUCUUCUCCCGGCCUCGAUCGAGAGGCCGUCCAUACUCUGCAAGAAUGGCCGCCGCAGCAUGCUCAGCAGCCGCCAGCGUCCGCGUCUCGGUCUUCUUCUUCCAGCCUGCAAUACUCGUUGCAGGAGACGCCGCCCUUUGACUUUGACUUUUCUUGCGAUUUAUUAAGCGAUUACGAUUUCCUUCAUCAGCAACAGCAACAAGACUUUAACUGGGCCGACCCUCUUCUGUUUCCCGACCAACAAGAUUUGACAUUUCUCGCCUUUCCUAUCUCGACUAACACUACUACUACUGCUACUGCUACUACUACUACUACUACUUGCGACACUGCUCCAACUUCAACCACUGUCUCCCCCUUUGCCCCGUCACUGCCUUUGUCAGUAACACCCUCGCCACUCCUUGCCGACACCAACGACAUCUUUCAACAACAAGGCUGGGCCGACCCUUCACCAUCGGCACCACCACAACCGCCCAUGCACCUUUCUCUUGACCAUCAUCACCUUUCCUCCGACGACCCAUACGCCGCCGCUUCUCUCAGCCAUGUCACCGACACGCUCUCCACCACCAUGGGCUUGACCAUGCCAAGUGGACGGAACACAACAACCCUGGGCAUGGACAUGUUCAGGACAGCCAGCAACAAUUCCGGCAGCAGCAACAACAACAUGGGCUACAGUCAACUCAACGCCACCACCUCUUCCAGCUCUCGCGAUCACUCAACCACCCCUCCCACCUCGCAAUCUUCUGGCUCCACUUCCCCGACAGCAUCGACCAGCCACCACGGGCACGGGGGGCAAGGCCAUCUCUACCCCGGCCUAACCCUCCCGUCUCCCGUCGAUGCUUCCAGCAAGCCUAAGCGCGGUCGUCCACCCGGUCCCAAGAAGCGCGCUCUAUCUCCUAGCGUCGCUGCCGAAGCCGAGCUCACAGACUCUGAGGACAUCAUGAUCAAGCGGCAGCGCAACAACAUUGCUGCCAAGAAGUACCGCCAGAAGAAGAUUGACAGGAUCCAAGAGCUCGAGGAGGAGGUGGAUCAGAUCAAAAAGGAGAGGGAGGAAUUGAGGCUGAUGUUGGCCAAGAGGGAUGCGGAGGUGGGCAUGUUGAGGGAGAUGCUUGCCAUGGCUAAGCAGGGGCGGUGACGUACCUGAGAGAUCUGUAUUGGUGUCAAAGGGCAAUGACUGAUGAUUCAGGCAAUGGCAAUAGGAAUGGGCAAGACACAAGUCAGUUGUCAGCAAGGCGUUCUUUUGAGAUGGAAGGGCAUUGAAGAUGGAGGAUUAUGAUUCGAGACUCAGACGAUGUCGGCUCUUCUUAAUUGACAUUUGUGUUUUUUUUCCGCAUUGCAGCUUUGAUCUGACUGCUCGGAAUAGGGAACGUGGUUGCAUCAUGGUGAAUGUGAAGUGUGCUGAUCUUUGUCGUUGACUUACCCGUCCGGUAUGUAAUGAAGUGUCUAUUUCCCACUGUGUUUGACUUGGCGGUUUACAGAUGGCGAUGAUAUGAGGCUCAAGAAAAG